GAAGGGAGGAAGGGGUUAAGGAGCUGAUGGUGGCGGUGGAGGAGCCUCGACGCCUCUGGAGGGAGUCCCACCCGCCGCGCGCUCCCCCUCGCAGCCCACCCAGCCGCAGUGGUGGGAGCAAGGCGCGCGGGAUGCUGCCGGGGCGCAGCGCAGGGGCAACGAUGCAGCAGCAGCAGCAACCGGAGAGGGCAAGCGGGGCAGCGGAGGGAGGCGCGGAGCGGGCCAGCCCCUGAUGCGGCUCUUUCUCCUCCUCCUCCCCCUUCGGCUGGGCAGCGGCUCCGGCAAUUCCCUCCCUCCCACCUCCUCCUCCUUCUCCACCUCCUCCUUUCCCGGUGGCGGCGGCGGCGGCGGCGGCCGCUGUUGCCACGGCGGGGGAAAAUGAGCAAGGCGGCGGCGGCGCUUCUGCUGUGCCUGCUGGGCUGCAACGUGUGGAAGGCGGUGACCAAAACCUUAGGAGCGCCCGGCGCCGCUCAAGAUGUGACUCUGAAGGUCCACGUAAGUGAUGCCAGCACACAUCAGCCAGUCACCGAAGCCUUUAUUGAGAUUUUUACCAACCAGAUCCCCAUUGCCUCUGGAACCUCAGGAGCAGAUGGCACUGCCUUCAUCAAGUUUCAGUAUAAGCUGGGCAGUCAGCUGAUCGUUACUGCGACUAAACAUGCUUACGUGCCAAACUCUGCACCAUGGAAACCAAUAAGAUUGCCUGUGUUUUCUUCUCUAAGUCUUGGCCUUCUUCCUGAACGUUCAGCUACUCUAAUGGUAUAUGAAGAUGUUGUACAGAUAGUCUCAGGAUUUCAAGGUGCACGGAUCCAGCCCAAAGUUCAUUUUCAAAGGAGAGCCUUGAAACUGCCAGAGAAUACCAGCUUUAGCGACCUCACAGCAUUUCUUACUUCAGCUAGUUCACCUUGGGAAGUGGAUAGUUUUCCUUAUUUACAAGGAUAUGAUGGCAAUGGAACUGGAAAUAACACUAGGUAUGAUCUUACUCCUGUCACUGCAGUUAGUGUUCACUUACUCAGAAGCGAUGGGACUCCAGUUCCAGUGAAUGGACCCAUCUAUGUAACAGUGCCUCUCCCUACAACCAACAGCUUGAAGCAUAGCACCCAUGUGCCCGCUUGGAGGUUUGACCAAAAAUUUGGAACAUGGUUGAAAAGCAGCUUGGGCAUUGUAGAACAAGAAGGAAGCGAGAUGACCUGGACGUAUAUUGCCCCACAGCUGGGAUACUGGGUUGCAGCCAUGUCCCCCACAAAUCCAGGUCCCGUUGUAACCCAGGACAUAAGCACUUACCACACAGUGUUUCUUUUGGCUAUUCUAGGAGGGAUGGCUCUGAUACUUCUGGUUUUACUGUGCCUCCUCUUGUACUACUGCAGGCGAAAGUGUCUGAAGCCACGUCAUAAGAAACUGCAGCUGUCCUCAACACUUAGUGGCGCUAAGAAGGAUCAGUCGACCUCUAUGUCCCACCUCAACUUGAUAUUUUCGCGCCGCGAGUCAGAAUUUCCUGGCGGGUUGUCCGUUGCCAGCAAUGGACACACAGAAUCCUCCGGCCACAAGGAGCUGAUGGGGGCCGUGCGCAUGGAGAAAGUGUGUCCGGGGGGAGAAGCAGAUAUGCGCACUCCCAUGCUCAAGCACACAUACAGCACCUCGCAAGAGUUUAGUUCCCGAGAAGAGUUGCUUUCCCAUAAGGAGAAGGAUCAGAGCCGUAUGUCUCUAGAGAACAUGGCCUCUAGCGACACUCUGCGAAAAGACUACCUUAAAUCAGUGGAUAGCUUUCCUAUAAACCCCAGGAAAUCUAUGGAGGCAUCAGAAGGAUAUGACUCCCCUGACAAGGAAGAUCACAGGAGGAGUUACAGUGCAAUGUUGACUCGGCCUUUAUUUGAGAAGCCAGAGCAGGCCUCCAUGAACCAUAUUUCUACAGGAAGUAAAUACAAUCUUCAGGAGCAACUGUACCCCAUCCCUUCAGCACCCGAAACAGAACUGUUAGACUGCAGGCCCAGUGAAUGUAUGAUGUCUCGCUCUGUUGACCACCUCGAGAGACCCACUUCCUUCCCUCGGCCAGGUCAGCUGGUCUGCUGUAAUUCUGUUGAUCAGGUUAAUGACAGUGUUUACAGAAAAGUAUUGCCUACGCUGGUUAUUCCAGGCCAUUAUAUGAAACUUCCCGGAGAACAUCCUUACAUUAGCCAGCCUCUGGUUGUUCCCACCGACCAGCAGAUCGACAUAGAAAGGCUCCAGGCGGAACUAUUGAGCCCUCAUUCACAGCUCUUCCCACACUCGCAGCAACAGAUGCAGCCCCAGCAGCUGGCCGCCCAAGCAAUAUCUCAGCAGCAUUUGCAAGAAGCUGGAGCGAGCGAAUGGAGCACCCAGAAUGUCUCAAUGUCUGAAUCUGUAUCCAUUCCGGCAUCGCUCAACGACGCCUCUUUGGCGCAGAUGAAUAGCGAAGUGCAGCUUCUUACGGAGAAAGCGCUCAUGGAGCUAGGAGGAGGCAAGCCCUUACCUCAUCCUCGGGCAUGGUUCGUUUCUCUCGACGGGCGCUCCAACGCCCACGUUAGACAUUCGUACAUCGAUCUUCAAAGAGCUGGGAGGAACGGAAGCAACGACGCCAGCUUGGAUUCUGGGGUGGACAUGAACGAGCCCAAAUCCGCCCGGAGGGGAAGGGGAGAUCAUUUGUCCCUGCACCAAACCCACCUGCAAGUUCAGGUACAUCCGCAGAAGGAGCAGAAAGCUCCGGACAGCACAGCUUACACGCAGCUUGUGUAUUUGGAUGAUAUGGACCAAAGUGGCAGCGAAUGCGGUACAGCCGUUUGCAGUCCAGAAGACAGUACUCUAAGGUGCCUGUUGGAGGCAGGGAGCAGAAGGACGGGCAGCCAGCUGCCCAGCCUGCAGGAGGAGACGCUAAAACGAACAGUGGAAAGUUCACCAGAGCCCUUAACGAGCCCAGAGCACGGAAUGACUGUCCAUAACGAAGCUGAAGAUGAUGAAGACGACGAGGAUGACGACGACGACGACGAUCAAGGAGAAGAUAAGAAGAGUCCUUGGCAAAAGCGAGAGGAGAGGCCACUGAUGGCGUUCAACCUCAAGUGAGCUGCGGUCCAUUCAUCUUUUCCCCCACCGACCCAGAGGAGUAUUAAAGUUGCCAAAUAUUUCUUUCGGCGGAUGUUCUCAGUUUGUCUGUGGAAGGGGGAAGAAAAAGUUGGCGGGGGGAGAACCCUCAGGGUGGGGGCAAUGGAGGAAGUGCAAAGAAUUACUGUGCAGAUUCAGAUAGUUGCUCUGAAGAGGCCGCGCGAGGGACGCUUCCUACGAGAGAGCUUUUAAGAGUGUGACUCUUGAUUCCAUUUACUUGACAUCAGCCAUCAAGGACAUUUGGACAUGUUUGGCAUGUGGUAUGGCGGAUUAUGACCUCAGAUUUCCCCAAAAAGGGAUCUAUGUGAAACUUCAUUGCGUUUUCUUAAAUUCAAUUGUAUCAUGACAGUGCUACUGAAAGGGUAUCUUUCAUUAGACUUUUUGACACUUGACGUCUACCGAUAUGCAUUAUCUCCAAGGAAGGCUAUGCAUUGCUGCUUUUUAGUAACCUUUUUUUGCGUAAACUAUGCUUUUCUUACUUAUGUACAAGGUAGUUGUUAAACGUUUUAUGUCCUUACGAUAAGUCUGCUCAGCAACUGAUUUUUACCUACACAAAAGCCUGAGUAGAAUCUCUUGGUAUUUUGAAGAGCCUUUUUUUAACGAAGCCAAACUGAAUUUUAAAGUCAGCUGCGAUUCCUCUGGUUCCAAUCCCCCACUCCCAAGUGCCUUUUUUACAGGAACAAUGAACAGCCCCUUCUUUUUGCUAGCGCCUUGAAUAUUCAGAUUUCUUUCUCUUUCUAAAGCUUUACAUUUUCUUUUAAGGACUGCAUGCCAUCAAAUGUCUGUGCUGAUGGGACCCCUCAUUUCACCGCAGUGUGUUCCCUAGUUAUGGUGUGUACUGUGGAUUCUGUUUAGCAAAGAUAGGCUAGAGGACAUCUUUGGAAAAGCAAAAACCCGAAAGUAGCCAAGAAGAUAGUUGCAAUGACUGUAAAUAUGGUGUAUAUAGGCUGAAGUAACAUGGACUAUGGACCAAGCAAGUGGACUGAAUGUGUGUUUUAGAGAGUUCGGGCAAAAGUUAUUAUGUACUAUCCAAAAGUGCCAGAUAAACACUUCUGUGCUUUCUCUAUAUAAAGCUGCUUGGUUAUCCAAAAAUUAUAAUUGAAAAAUAAACUUUUUAAAAAUUUAGGAUUUUUUUUUUAAUUCCUCCUUUUAGUUGCAGCAUUAUUAUUAUUUACUAGCAGUUUGAACUCUACAAAGUGGCUGCUGAGGUUGGUGUGCUUGAAUUCUAUCACUUAAUUCUCAUGGAAUCUCAGUGCCCUCCUUGGUUCAUCUAUGGCAAGGGAGGGGCAAUGCCAAACACCCGGCUUUCCAUUUGCCACUGUUGCGGAAAACAUUGUGGACAUAGGAGAUAAUUGAACACAGAAAGUCCACUGACAGUGAUUCAAAGGCCAAAGUACAGCUUUAAUGCAAAAGCCCAAAUGCAGUGCAGCCAUAUAAAUCCUGUACAUUUCCCCGGGGGCAAUUUUAAUACCUGUUGUGUUGUUUUUGAAAGAAAAUUCAAGGCAAUUAAAGUUAACAUUGCCAUCUGUUUUAAAUGGCUCCCUAAACUGGGGAGGGGGGCAAAGGUGAGUGUAUCAUUAAAGAACAUGAUAAUUCUUGUGGAUUUCACAGAUGUUACACAAUUUGCUUUGUAUAUUUUGUUCUAAUGUUGUCGACAACAAAUAUUAAGAAAGCUAUUAUGCAUACACUACUUGAGACCUUCGGGAAUGCUUGUAUUAAAGAAUACAUCUUUAA